CGCCAUUUUCAAGUUGUGAAGCCGCAGAGGAGUGGGAACCAGCGGUCUGGUGGAUUUUUGAGCAAUACAACCACUGAUAUCAAGUAUCUAAGUUCUAACCAUGGACUCCAAGAGAAAGAAGCCCACCCCAGGCCCGAGUGCAAAGAAGCCGCGUUCAUCAGAUUGGGACGAGGAUGAACCGCUGGACUUUGAAGCGCAGCUGGCGAUGAUGGAGGAGAUGGAGCAGGAGGAGACUGGGGCUGGCGGUGGGUACCGGGGAGAUCAGUACGCUGGCGGUGGGUACCAGGGAGAUCAGUACGCUGGCGGUGGGUACCGGGGAGAUCAGUACGCUGGCGGUGGGUACCGGGGAGAUCAGUACGCUGGCGGUGGGUACCGGGGAGAUCAGUACUCUCCACUAGCCUAA